AUGAUCCUGCAGUUAUUUAUCAUUUUUUUAUCAAUUACUUUAUUCUUGUUGUAUUAUUUAUCUACUAAGAAUUUUAAUUAUUGGAAGGUAAGGAAUGUGCCGUAUUUGAAACCUUUGCCAUUAUUUGGUAAUUAUCGUGAUUAUAUUUUACUGAAAGAAUGGGGCCCAUUGAUUACAUAUCGUAUAUGUAAAGAGUUCCCCAAGGAGCCUUUAAUCGGUGCUUUCUAUGGUACAGAACCCUCGCUCAUAGUUCAAGAUCCAGAGAUAAUAAAAGUGAUUACUACAAAAGACUUCUAUUACUUUAACAGUAGAGAGGUAGCUGAUUAUACAGACAAAGAGAUUAUAACACAAAAUAUUUUCUUCGCUCACGGAGACAAAUGGAAGGUGGUACGCCAAAAUCUAACCCCAUUGUUUACUUCAGCAAAAAUGAAGAACAUGUUCUAUUUGAUUGAGAAAUGCUCGCGAAUGCUGGAGAAAUUGCUAGACGAAGAAAGCACGACAUCGCCAAUUAUAGAAGUGCGCUCUCUUAUGGCGCGUUAUACCAUGGACUGCAUUGGCUCUUGCGCCUUCGGUGUGGAAACAAACACAAUGAAAAAAUGUGACACUCCCAAUCCCUACACAAUAAUGGGCGAAAAAAUAUUUGAAAAUUCUUCAACCAGAGCCAUCAAAUUAUAUACCAGAGCGAUGUGGCCUGCAGUGUUCUACUCGUUGGGUUAUCAGAUCUUCCCAAAUGAAAUAAUAUCGUUCUUUAAAAAGUUACUGAUCGGUGUAUUCGAGAGCAGGCAAUACAAGCCGUCAAAUAGGAACGACUUUGUAGAUCUUGUAUUAAAUUUAAAACAAAAUGAGUUUGUGACCGGCGAUAGCAUCUCUAAUCUAAAAACUGGAGAGGGAAAGAAAGUACAUCUAGAAGUAAACGAUGAUUUGUUAACCGCACAGUGUGUUUUAUUCUUCGCAGCUGGUUAUGAGACAUCAGCUACAACACUUAGCUUAACUCUUUAUGAACUGGCAAAGAACCAGGAAGCACAGUUAAAAGCCAUAGCAGAAGUAGACGAGUAUCUUCAUCGCCAUGGACGAAAAAUUGAGUACGAUUGCGUCAAUGAGCUGCCCUACGUCGAAGCGUGUAUAGAUGAAGCUCUUCGUUUAUAUCCAGUCUUGAGCACCAUCACCAGGGAGUUGGUUGAAGAUUACACGCUACCGACAGGUUUACGUCUAGACAAGGGAAUGCGCAUACAUAUUCCAGUCUAUCGUCUACAUCACAACCCAGAAUUCUUUCCGAAUGCUGAAAAUUUCCUACCGGAACGAUUUCUUGCAAAUGAGAGAGAGAAUAUCAAACCCUUCACUUAUAUUCCUUUCGGAUUAGGACAAAGAAUUUGUAUCGGUAUGCGUUUUGCAAAGAUGCAAACAUUGGCAGGAAUGGUGGCACUGUUCAAGAAUUACCGAGUGGAAACUGCAAGUGACACUCCUGAUACGAUCAAGUUUGACCCCAGAGGUAUUAUCUCGCAACCUAGUACCAAAAUCAACUUGAAGUUCGUCCGUCGUCAUGACAGGGAAAAACAUAAUAUGUAA